AAAGGGGAAUAAGAAAAAGAGAUAGUAUAUUAUAUGCGCUGAGUAAACAUUGACCUCUUUCGUAGCAAUUCCGACAAAGAUGCUGACAACAGCCACAAUAAUGAGUCUCCGACGACCGACGUCAACAUAAGUAGGGAAAAAGAAACAGAAAGCUACCCUUCCUCUGUAACUCCUUCGUCCCCAAAGAAAGAAAGAAAGGACGAAAUGGGGGUAAGCAGGAGGAGGCUUCUGAUUUCAGAUUUCAUCAUGUCUUUCAUGUGGGUUUGGUCAAGUGUGCUUAUUAAGAUGUUUGUUCAUACAAUCUUGGGUUAUGGGGCUCAUGAUCUUAAAGGUGAAAUCCUCAAACAUGCUAUUUCUGUCAUCAAUAUGUUCUUAUUUGCCUUGUUGGUUAAAGCUACCAAAGGUGGGGCAUACAACCCUCUCACUAUAUUAUCUGGUGCCAUCUCUGGGGAUCUCACCAAUUUCAUCUUCACUGUUGCUGCUAGAAUUCCUGCUCAGGUCUUUGGUUCGAUUACUGGGGUUAGAUUCAUCAUUGCGGCAUUUCCAAACAUAGGACGUGGACCUGUUUUGAGCAUUGACAUCCAUCGAGGUGCAUUGACAGAAGGAUGUUUAACAUUUGCAAUUGUUAGCAUGUCACUUGGACUUUCCAGAAGAAGUCGUGCAAGUAUUUUCAUGAAGACAUGGAUAUCCAGUCUGUCCAAACUGACUCUUCACAUUCUUGGUUCUGAUCUAACAGGGGGAUGCAUGAAUCCAGCUUCUGUGAUGGGGUGGGCUUAUGCGCGGGGUGAUCAUAUUACUAAGGAGCAUAUACAUGUUUAUUGGCUUGCUCCAAUACAAGCAACUUUGUUGGCUGUUUGGACAUUCAAUUUGCUUGUUUCCCCAUCGAAAGACGAAGAAGCAAAGAAGAGAGAGAAAAAGUCAGAAUGAUGCAUCAUUCUUUUCUGGUUCAGAAACUGCGUGUAUCAACUUGCUUCUCUUUCUUUUUAAAAACUUAAUUUGAAAAGGGUUCAGUUAAGGGAUGUAUUAUUUUGCCUUAAUAUAAUAUUAACCUCCCCCGUGUUUGAAUUCUUGAUGAAAAUCCCCUAUCUAUGUUGGUUUCUUAUGAAACAAUUAAACAACAAAAGAAGAAUAUUGUAGAGAGUGUUGUAAAUUUAUCAUAUUAGUGUGGAUGCCUGUAACUUCAACGUGUAAUUCCACCAUAAUGUGUCCUACACUUCCGUACUUCCA